AUGAAGAGAAAAGUAACACUAAAACGAAAUGGAAUAUUUACUCUUAAUAUUCGACCGAUAGCAGUGAGGAAUCGUGAAGAAUAUAUGAAUGAUUUAAAAAUGCAAGCCAUUCGUUUGUAAAUAGAAAAAAUAGUUCAUUUUGAUCCUUAACUGAAAUCACUACUUAAUUUUAAGCCAAAUCGUAAACAUUAUACACGUUCUCUUUUUAAGAAUUAGUUGAAUCGAUCAUAUGAUGAAUAACCACAAUAACAAAUUGAAUCUCAUUAAAGAGCUAAAAGUACAGAAGGUUCAAUAUUUGGAGAUACAGGCUUAAAAUUUAAAAGGCUGAUGUCUAGAGGAACUAUUGAAAUUAAAAUGCAUAGGUUUCUAAUAAGAAAAAGAUUUAGAAAAUUAGUAUUGGCUGUAUGCCUUUUACUUACAUACUUUCGUUACAACCCUUAAAGAAGAAAAAUGUAGAGACUUUCAAGACCUCGCAUUUCCAUAUUUCGCAGUAGGAAUAUAAUUGAUAGAUUACCUCAACUAUUAUAAAUAGAAAAGGCAAAUACAGUUAAUGAAAGUUAGACAUCAAGAGAACCACCUAGUUAAUUGAAGAAAAAACAUUCAUCAUUAGGAAGUUUUGAUAUGUUCAUGAAGAGACCUAUAUAACAAUUUAUUGUGAGAUAGAAUACCGAUUAAUACUCAUAAAAAAGAAUAUGCAAAACCGAACAUUCUUAGGUUUAAAGCAUGUAUAAUUUUUUUAAGAAACAAAGAAAAACUAAAAUGUUUCAAAAAUCAUCCUCUAUUAAAUUAAUAUCUUUGAAUUAAUGA